AUGGAUCGCAUUACCGAAGACUGGUUACCCGAUGACGCCCCUUGGGCGGAGCUUACGAAAGAGGUGCUGGAGACGCAAUGUGCGAAACGAAACCUGCCCGUUGCCGGUAGCAAAUCCACCCUUCAACAACGACUGCUUGACUAUCAGCGAACCAAUACCGAGUUCAGAUCCCGUCCUUGGCGGCUCAACCCUCCAGCCCCCCACGAGACCGAUUACAGAUUUUGCAGGAAACACGCACUUCCCAUUAGACGUGUUAGGGACAUGAGCGACUCUCGCGGUUGUCUGAAGAUUUGCUUUACGUUCGCGUCCGGUCAUACCACGCAUUUUGGGAGUCCUUUCGAUGCCUUCGCCACUGUUUACUUUACCAACAAGCCUUAUUGCUCCUGUGGGUAUUCAAAAACGAAAGACGUUCGGCUAGUGUGGAAGCGGGACAAUGCCUCCUCUGCGUGGACAAGGCCGAAUGGGCUGCCGAGAAAGUAUUUUGGGCGGCCUCAGGUCUCGCCGGCCGUCCCCGUCCCCGUCUCCGUCGCCCAAGCCAGCAUCCAAGCACUAGCCAGAUCGGACCGACGGGUUGAAGAUGGUAUUCAGCCGUCAAUCGUGGUUAAAGUCGAAUCCGUACAGCGAAGGAUUACCCUACAGGAACCACAGAACGCAGAACAGCAAAGGUGCACAUCGACGCCGCUCCUAGGGGUCCCGGCGCUUAUCUGGCUGGAAGGGCGGCAGCAGCAAGAACGAGAACAGCAACAACAGGAGCAACAACAGGAGCAACAGCAACGACAACAAGAACAAGAACAACAGCAGCAGCAGCAGGAGAAGGCAUUACAGCAAGCUUCUCCCCCCGUCAUUAUCCCUGUUAGGGUUUCGGUACUCCCUCACCCUCCUCAGGCAGAUGAAGGGGAGAGGGGUGAGCCUAAAGUCGACGGUGACGCUUCACAAGCGGUGGCUCUACCGCCUCUAUGUCCCCUCGACUCUUCCUCUGGCCCCCGCCCCCGCCCCCGCCCCGGCUCUGGCUCUGGCUCUGGCUCUGGCUCUGGCUCUAGCUCUGGCUCUGGCUCGGGCCAUAUUUCUACUUCUGCGCCGGCCCCCGUUGGUUUAGAUGCUCCGGUUGCUGCUUUAAUCCCAUCGCGCACUCCUACUGCUGACGUCCAACUUGCUCCUUCUCCUACCCCGGCUGUGGGUAGCAGUUCUCAGAUCACUGUAGCCAAUCCUGCUACUGCUGCCGGUAGUGGUAGUGGCGCGUGUGCUUCAGUCCACACGUCUCCAGCUCUAGGUGCUGCUGCUCCCCAGGCUGUCGAAGCCAGUGACCCCGUUGGUGGAACUGCUGCUGCUGGUCCGGUGGACGGUGCUGGUGAUCAUACUGGUAAUGACGCUGGUGAUGACGCUGAUGCCGCCGAUGCUGCUCCUAUCGGCGCGCCCGCUUCUGUUGCUGCUUCUGAUGAAAGUACAGACCCUGAUCCUGCUCCAGCGGCUUUGAACGUCAGGAUGAACAGCAUGACCGACAAAAAGCUGCCAAGCUAG